GGGCUUUUAGGGCCUUCGCCUCCUGUCACCCGGGUGCCGCGGCGCGGGUGGGAGACAGACGGCCCCCUGGCUGGGUGUUGUCCUCGCGGCCAGCGGGAAGCGAGCGAUCCCUCAGAGGCCCAGGGGUUCUGCGACCCCUCUUACCAACGCCAUGGCAAUUCCAGAGAUAUAAAAGGUCUGUAGUGACAUGUCUCCCACCCUUUCCCCCCUGGAGCCAGGACUGCUUUCUUCAGGUUGCAACAAGGACAGUGUCCGAGCAGGCUGUAAAAAAUGUGGCUACCCUGGUCACCUGACUUUUGAAUGCCGCAAUUUUCUCCGAGUAGAUCCCAAAAGGGAUAUAGUUUUGGAUGUCAGCAGCACAAGCAGUGAAGAGAGUGAUGAAGAGAAUGAGGAACUGAAUAAACUGCAGGCAUUACAAGAAAAAAGAAUUAAUGAAGAAGAGGAAAAGAAAAAAGCAAAAAGCAAAGAGAAAAUCAAGUUGAAAAAAAAAAGGAAGAGGUCUUAUUCAUCUAGUUCCACUGAAGAGGACACUUCAAAACAAAAGAAGCAAAAAUACCAGAAGAAAGAAAAGAAAAAGGAGAAAAAGAGUAAGUCAAAAAAGGGGAAGCAUCACAAAAAGGACAAAAAGAAGAGAAAAAAGGAAAAGCAUUCCUCUGCCCCUAACAGUUCUGAAAUCUCCAAAAAGUAACUGAGACUGGCCUGAGCUAUUAAAUUUAAAAAUUUAGUUUUGAAAAUUAUUUUACCUUCUUUGAAAUUUGCCAUCUAAUUAUGCUUUGCAAUAAAUCACAGCCAUUUCCAUAUAGACAUUUUUCAUAUAUAGGACCAUUAAUGUCUGACAGUAUUUUAAUGUGCUAUGAUUAUAGAGUAUUGAAUCAGUCUUAUUACUUGAUAGCCAUGCCCCAAGUAUGGAUAUCUGUGCAACAAAACUCAUGAUUUUUGGUAUUCCUUUCUGUGUUAAUGUUAUUACUUUAUAAGCUGAUUAUAAAUUGCUUUACUAUAGUCAACACAGGCGGUCUACCUAGCAGUAAAUGAAUAUUGCUGGAUUAAGUGUCCAUCUUCCAGUGAUAAAGCGAGGUAGGCUUGACACUGAAAAUUUUAAAAGCUUUAUAUCCUAUGAUAAUGUAUCACUAUUAAGAUAAUGAAAUUCUUCACUUGGAUUUUUUUUUUUUUUUGAUGUCAUAGGAGAUGAAGCUGCUUUAUUGGUCUUGACUAGAACUUUUUAAAUGAAUGGUGUCAGCAGGAAUAUGAUAAAUAAUGAAAAUAUUUAUAACAAAAUUUCACUGUUUUCUGAGAUGCAGAGUUUCUAGUACCUGCCUCCUUCGUUUUUGUAACAGGAUAUUUCUUCCUUGUUUUAAAAGACAAGUCUAGUUCAACCUAUUUGUAAGUCUGGUAGAGAUGAUGCUGUGUUGGGCAGGAUUUUUAGGACAGACUCCUGGGUUGUUUUACAAAUGUGCCAUAUUGGCAUGUCUUAAAGAGAUACCUCAAACACAGAGUUUUUUAUUUAGAAGGACAACAGCUAAAUCUUCAUUAGGACUGAUUUUUAUUGUAUUCAGUAUAUAAAUUUUAUGAAGCUUGUUUCUAUGAGUAAUGUGGAAAUUUUUAUAAAUGUGAACAUAUAUAUUUAUUUGUCUGAAAUAAUUUGUAGUUUUGAAGCAGGUUUCCAUUGAAUUUAUGAUUUCAUAAUAUGACCAGUUUGGGGUGUUUCUCUUACUUCAGUCAUAAAUCUCAGGAGCAGUGACAAAAAUUUAGGAUCAAGAAUUUUAUUCUGUACUUUUUAAAAUUUAAUAGCCAGGGAGUUACAUCAUGAAAGCCUUUAUAUAAUAAUGAAAAUUUUGUAUGAGUCAGCAUUGUCAGACACAUAGUAGUAGGUAUAAAUGUUUCUACAUUUUUUUAAUUUCACAAUGAUCAGUGUUACUUACUUUGCUGAACACUCCAAUAUCCCUUAUGUCCUAUAAGUUAAAUACUUUUUAUUGUAGCAGCAUCGAAAGUCAGCUAGUUAUCAUGGCACAGCACCAAAGAUUGCCGAGUACCUCACUGUGGUGCAGUUACAAAUUGGUAGCCUACAGAUGUGGCUGUAGGUGUAUUCAUAAUGAUGAAAUCAGGUAAGUGUACAUAACCUCACAGGCUGGAAAGGUGGACUGAUUCUUCCUUCACCCAGCAGCCCUAGCUGGCAUGACCUCAGUAAGACUGGAAGAGCCUCAUAGCUCCUCUCUGAGCAUGUGCUUACCAGGCGUAGACUCUAGGGAAGCUACGUCCACAUCCCUGUUCUAGCAUUGCAGUCACGGAUGCUGCCACACUUGGAGCUUUUCGAUAACCCAACUUAGUCUGGUGGCCUCCAUUAAAAGACAUCCACUUGUUUAAAUGUGUUAGUCAGUUAUUUGGAGAGAAACACUGAGCUGUUAGGUUUUUAAGGGUUUGUUUUGCCUUUGCUGUAGUUUAUUUUUAAAGACGGUACUUUAUGAAAAUACAGUCCUUUGGUUAUCAGGAUAAAAAAAAGUAAAAAAAAAAAAUUCCAGCUUUAAAGAGAUGAUUAGAAAGUGCUGCAUGCAAAUAGAUGGUCUCAAUUGUAUUGAGGGUAUAAUGUGGUUAAAAGUGAUCACUGUAAUGACACAGAGUUAAUCCAGUUAUUUGUAAGUUUUGUUUGUGUUAAUUGUAGAGACAAUAAAUUGGCUUGUCAGAUUUGUUUUUUGAA